UCAAGGAGUGUAUACCUGUACGGAUUCAGGAGUCGCCUGAACAACAAAAAAUCGAGGAAAAUCGAGGAAAAUUAUUUGCUGCCGAAUUCCUAGUUAAUCGCCCCAAACGGACGCACAGGAGCCAGCUGAGUGGGCUGGACAGACAGGAGAAAACGGGCCCGGAACGAAGAUAACGGAAGAUAAUACCACCAUGGAGACCACCACUUCUAGCGACGCUGGAACGAUGAAAAAGAAACGAAAUCGUUCCCACAAAAAACCUAAGGCUAAGGUAACGGCCACUGCGCAACACGAUCUUCCGCCGGAAAACGAGAACGACUCACUUGUACCUCUGUCUUCCGACAAGCAACUCGGCGUUGCUUACACCGAAACGCAGCAGGAAACUGGCGAAAUACUAGCCAGAAAGCCGAGUCGUCGCCGCAAGCGUAAGCCAAAAGCUGUCGGCGAAGAUCAGCAUACGACGAAAGACGAUUGUUCAGAAUCGCAAGCGGCAGAAGAAGAUCCAGUGCAUCAAGCUCCUCCGAAGAGUGUUAGCUGCAAGGCAGCGACUACUAUUCCGGUACAGCCUGUGAUAGAGAAAAAAGAACUCAAACCGGUUGCUAAGAAACCACUAGCUGAGAUAACCAGAGAGGUGCAGAAAUCAAUCUCGAACGUGCGCGGCAUUGAAAACAUUUCCCUAGAGGACAUUUUCCCUCGAUCGGAUGCGAUCACUUUUCAUGCUGUCACCCAGUCUGCCCGUAGAAGAGAAGCACUAAUUGCUGGUGAAGCCGCUCCUUCGAGAGUGGAGCCAAUUCCACACCACCAGAAACACACAAUCGACGCAGCAAAGGAAGGACUGGACCACAUCGACUGUGAAGCUUUGUUUCCAAGUGACGAAGCCGUUGGAAGGGCGAAUUCAAAUCAAUUGUCAAGCAAUACUAAGGGUAACCUCGAGGAAGCGGUACCAUCAGCCGUUGAAAUGAGCGCACAAUCCGGUGUCCCGAAGACGGAUAAAUCGCGCGAGGAAGUGCUUGCCGAACGGGAGGCUAAAAAAGCGGCCAAACUAGCCGCCAAGAACAAGGGUAAGUCUCCGAAGGAUGGAACGGUGGGCCAGCAACAGCAACCGCAAGCAGCAGUAGGCCCUACGAAAAAGCCGCAAUCGCAAAAGGCAGAACCAACCGUUGGUGGAUCGCUUGCAAAGUCUGAUACGGAUGCCAGCAUAUGUGAGAAACUGAAAGAACUUCACAUUAGCGAUUCCGGAACAGCAGGUAAACCUGCGACGAAAGUGGACGAGAAACCUGGCCAGGUCAAGGUGUCCCCCAAACCGGAGCAACUUACGAAAGCCGAACGGAAGGCACAAUUCGAAGCGCAAAAUCCGGCCCUAGCCGGAAAGCAGCCAGAAGCUGCUGGCGAUUCCGCAAAACCUGCCAAACCCACGCUGUCGAAGGCGGAACGAAGAGCAAUACAGGAGGCACAGCGGGCGGCCAAGGCGGAAGCACAACAGGCCAAGGCAAAGGGACCGGUCAAGCCCGACGUUGCGAAGAAAGCAGCUCCCACAAGCGCCACCGGCACUACCGCAACCGUAAAACCGCUUAGAAAGGCAGCUAGUGGAGCGACAGGCACGGCCCCGGGUACAUAUGUGGCCGCUCCGCGAAAACACAUUGUAAAUCUGUUUAACCAUCUGCACCAGCCCAAGUUUGCGGCAGCCGAAAUUAUCAAUUCGCCAACGUUGCACCCGGCCGUCACGAAAUUAGGCAUACAGUACGCCGGAGGAACGGUUGUUGGGUCGAAGGCACGGUGUCUGGCGCUAUUGCGUAUGCUAAAUCAGCUCAUACACGACUAUGAGACACCACCGGAGAAGGAGUUUUGCCGUAGCUUCGAGGAGACGCUUAACGUUGCGGCCACUCAUCUGCAGCGCUGUCGUCCCUUUUCCGUUUCCAUGACAAACGCGCUGCGUCACGUGAAGAUGAACACGCGGCAGCUGGAUGCGAAACUGUCCGAUUCCGAGCAGAAGGAGUGCCUUCUCGAAGCGAUCGAGGCGUACAUACGCGAUCACAUGGAGAAGGCCGAGGAAGCGAUCUGCAUUUCAGUGCAGGAAAAAAUCUACGAUGGUGACGUGAUCCUCACGUACGGAUGCUCUUCCCUCAUCAAACAUAUCCUCGAGGAAGCGAACCGACGUGCGAAACGGUUCCGAGUGAUCAUCGUGAAUGCGAGACCACGCGAGGAGGAACACGAAAUGUUGGAGCAGCUCGUACGCCAGGGAGUGCACUGUGUAUGCGUGCUGAUCAAUGCGGUCAGCUACGUAAUGCCGGAGGUGACGAAGGUACUGCUCGGUGCGCACGCCCUGUUAGCGAACGGUUCGGUCAUGAGCCGCGUCGGUACGGCCCAGAUAGCGCUUGUCGCCAAAGCCUACAACGUGCCCGUGCUGGUGUGCUGCGAAACGCACAAGUUUACCGAGCGUGUACAGACCGAUGCCUUCGUCUAUAACGAGCUAGGCAAUCCGAGUGAUCUUGUAAUGGCACCCAAGGGAGGUCACCGGGAUCUGUCCGAAGCGAAGCCCAUGCUGGCUGGCUGGGAAACGAUCUCUUCGCUUACCAUCCUGAAUCUGCACUACGAUGUAACGCCACCGGAGCUGGUAACGGCCGUUGUCACCGAGGUGGCCAUCCUUCCCUGCACCAGCGUACCCGUGAUUCUGCGCAUCAAACCAUCUGAUGUGGCCUACUAAUGGAUCCGGUCAACAAAAGGACUGUUCAUGUUUAGCACACUGCCUAGUUUAGCGUCCUUUUGUGUUUGUGUAAAGAUAAUAAACUUAACUAUUCAGCUGAUAAUCAGCCAC